AUGUCAAUGGAAGAUUCGUUCGAGCUGUUUGACCUCAAAGUCGAGGUCAUCUGCCCUCCAGACGCGAAGAUCUAUUGCGGUGCGAAAGAAGGCGAUCACUUUUACUUGCGUGGGGAGAUGCUACAUCUACCAGAAGGCCAAGGAUUCAGUAUCUAUAGCUUGUCAGCCGUGUUGCCGCUUCUGGCAGCCAAGCAGAGACAGACGCAUGCCAAUGAUUGGAUGUCGACCCAUGCUCUUGUUGCUUGUCCGGAUCCGUAUUGUCCUUCGCAGUUGAAGAUUACCAGAGUUGGUAAGCGGCAGUUCAAGCAUAGCGAGACGACCGCCGUGCCACUUGGUAUGUGA